AUGCUAAAAUUACAGCGAUCAACAACACUGGAUGAUGCUCAUUUGUGUUCAUCAAAAAACUUUAUGAUCGGUAACAAAAAAGCGAAAUCGAAAAGUCUUCACACACUGCCAGUAGAAAAGGCAGAUGCUUGUAAAAUACCACUCUACAAAAGAUUAACUGUGGCCUAUCCGAAAAAUUGCGUUUUAAACAAUAGUAUGCAAGCUGAAAUUGUCGAUUCUUGGAGACUUAUUUUGCAAAAGUACGACAGUGAUCACUGUAAAAUUGGCUUGGAAAUUUACGCUAGGAUUUUUAAAGAAUGCCCCGAACUUCGUGAUGUCUUUUACAUACCUGAGCAAGUAGAAAAUCUCAAUGAUUAUCUACCAUUUCAUCGCUCUGGCAAACUGUUUGCAUCAGUGAUUGAUUUAUGUGUCCGAAAUAUAGGCAACCUCGAAACUGAAAUGGGAGCCGUUUUGACAGCAUAUGGACGCCGACAUUAUUAUCGUCGAAAGCAAGGCUUUCGUCUUUCGUAUUUUACUAUUUUUGAUCAGAGCAUAUUGGAUUUUAUUGCGGAAAAUAUUACGGAUUCUCAAAGAGCGGAAAAAAUCUUAGGUGGAUGGUAUUUACUGAUCUCAUUUAUCAGAAACAAGAUGGCAAAUGGUUUCGAGCUAGAAAAGCAAAAUGAUUGGGAGUUACGACGUAGGUUAAAGUAAUA